UUCCUCUACCACUGCUCCCGCUCCCUCCCUAGGCUGGUGUCCUCUGUCCAAGCCGUCAUGGCCUCCACAGCUGGCUACAUCGUCUCCACCUCCUGCAAGCACAUCAUCGAUGACCAACACUGGCUUUCCUCCGCCUACACACAGUUCGCAGUGCCCUACUUCAUCUACGACAUCUACGCCAUGUUUCUCUGCCACUGGCACAAGCACCAGGUCAAGGGGCACGGAGGGGACGAAGGCGAGGCCCGGGCCCCCGGCAGCACCUGGGCCGUGGCGCGCGGCUACCUGCACAAGGAGUUCCUCAUGGUGCUGCACCACGCCGUCAUGGUGCUGGUGUGCUUCCCGCUGUCGGUGGUGUGGCGUCAGGGCAAAGGCGACUACUUUCUAGGCUGCUUGCUGAUGGCCGAGGUCAGCACGCCCUUCGUCUGCCUGGGCAAGAUCCUCAUCCAGGUGAGCGGACCUGAGGGUGCAGGAGCCUGCGGGGGGCACGCGGGGCUGCCGCUGCUCGCCGUGCCGCUCGCCCUCCCGGCGCACGUCAACCUGGGCGCCGCGCUGCUGCUCGCCCCGCAGCUCUACUGGUUCUUCCUCAUCUGCCGCGGGGCCUGCCGCCUCUUCUGGCCGCGCAGCUCCCCGCCGCCCUCGCCCGCGCCGGCCCGCGAGUGAGGCGGGGCCCGAGGACCCUGCCCGCCCCUCCGCCAGCCCCACCCCUACCCCCCUCGGGGACGAGGCUCUGGGGCUGCUGCGAGGGGUGUGGAGCCGGGAGCCUGGCCGCCCGGGACGGACGAUGGACUCCGAGGGGUGGGUGCAGGCCCGCAGGGCCCGGGGCAGGGCGGGUGGAGGGGCGGGGAGAGGGCCUGGUCCCGCGGCCCCGCCCGCAGACCUGUCUCUGACCACAGCCCGGGGCCCUGGAGAGCGGAGGGCAGCGGAAGGGGCGCCCCUUCCCCUCCUUGUAAGGCUGGAGGGCGGGGGGGGAGGCUGAUGGAGGCUCAAGGGGACCAGGAACUAGAAGGUGGGGGAGGCCCUGCUGCAGCUCCUCCCAGCUCCCUGCUCGGAAGGGGCCGGCUCAGGGCGGGCGGCCCGCAGCUCCUUCUCCAGGGGGCCAGCCUGAGGUCCUAUUUAUUCACCCACAUUCUCACUCGUCUGUCGGGGGCGGUGGCUGCUCUCCCCCGC